CACGUGAUCUUUGCUCCCACGUGAUCUGCGCAGAUGUGAUCAUGUGACUACGGGACUUACAGUAAAGUAAGGAGUUUUUGCGCCGUCCACGUCCAUUUAUCUCCAUUUAAGGACAGUUUUUGUGUCGUUUUCGAAGAAAAGUCGGAACAAUGAGGUUAUGGUCUGAGUCCCUGUGUGUCCUGUUUCUGUGGACCUGUGUGGCGUCUGCCGCCUCUCGGAGCUGCUCCUCCUCAUUCUUCUGCCGAAAGUCUCACCGUGUCACCCCCCUGAGUGGUCUGGACCCCGGCUCCCCGCUCUUCCUCACGCCUUACAUCGAGAAAGGAGCCAUCGCUGAAGCCAAGAAGCUGAGUCUGGUUGGAAACCUGCCCGGAGCAAAUGUCAAGAGUUAUGCUGGAUAUCUGACAGUCAACAAGGCGUACAACAGCAACCUCUUCUUCUGGUUCAUUCCAGCCUUCAUGGCUGGUCAGGAGAAAGCACCGGUCCUGCUCUGGCUGCAGGGCGGACCCGGUGGCACGUCGAUGUUUGGACUCUUCGUGGAACACGGGCCGUAUGUGGUCUACAAGAACCUGACGAUUGGUUUAAGGAAUAUUACCUGGACGAGCAGAUAUUCAGUUUUAUACAUCGACAACCCUGUGGGAACAGGUUUCAGCUUCACUGAUGAUGACAAAGGUUUUGCUCAGAAUCAGGACGACGUUGGUAGAGAUCUCUACAGUGCUUUAACACAGUUCUUCCAGAUGUUUCCUGAGUAUCAGUCCAACGAGUUCUACGCCACUGGAGAGUCGUAUGCAGGGAAGUACGUCCCCGCCAUUUCCUAUUACAUCCACAAAAACAACCCCACUGCUAAAGUGAAGAUCAACUUUAAAGGGAUGGCGAUCGGUGAUGGACUCUGUGACCCAGAAGUGAUGCUGCAGGGUUACGGUGAGUUCCUCUACCAGACAGGAAUGAUUGAUGAUUUCCAGAAGCAGUACGUAGAAAAGCAGACAGAUUUUGGCGUCCAGCUCAUCCAGCAGCAGAAAUGGGUGGAAGCUUUUGAGGUGUUUGACAGUUUGCUGAAUGGAGACUUGAGUCCGUACCCGUCUUUCUUCCAAAAUGCCACCGGCUGCACCAACUACUUCAACUACUUGACAUGUCGGGAACCUGAAGACCAGGAAUACUUCUCUCAGUUUGUGACCCUGCCUGCCGUGCGGCGUGCCAUCCACGUGGGAAACCUGACUUUCCAUGAUGGCUCUGAGGUGGAGAAGCACCUCCUGCAGGACGUCAUGAAGAGCAUCAAACCGUGGUUGGGGGAGCUGAUGGAUAACUACAGGGUCUUGAUGUACAGCGGUCAGCUGGAUGUAAUCGUCGCUGCUCCUUUGACUGAGAAGUUCCUGCUGACCGUCAACUGGACCGGAGCUGCUGAGUAUAAAAGCGCUCCUCGCUUUCACUGGAAGCUGCAGCCCGGCGACACAGACGUGGCCGGUUAUGUCCGACAAGUUGGAGAGUUUUACCAGGUCAUAAUCCGAGGAGGAGGACACAUUCUGCCGUACGACCAGCCAGCGAGGUCCUUCGAUAUGAUUGACAGGUUCUUGUCGACGCAGAGCUCAAAGUGAAAAGAAUCAUGUUGAUUUAAAAUAAAACUUUCUACAGAAUUUACUUUUUUCUUUUUUAGAAAGGAUUUUAAAAUGGGAAAUGUUUGAUUUUAGACUUUUAUUUUGUCUUGUGAAAUUACUUGAAACUUUUUCAGUCAGUCCAAUCACAUCACAGCAAAUAAAAGCAGUUUUUGAUUAAUUUGAUCAGUCCAUACUUGAAGACCGAGUAAGAUUUUACACAGUCAUAAACUCUGAGUUAAUUUUUAUAAUCAUGUUCUCAAUUUCUCAAUUUCUCUGCAAAAGCUGUUGAUGUCUGACUUCUGUCCACCAGGGGGCAGUGAUUCAUAAGAAAUGUCAAUGAAUAAAUGCAUUUCUUUCCAGAA